ACCUGGACCUCCUUGUGUCUCAAAUAGGCUGGUGAGUCUUGGACGAGGCACAGUCCGGUCCAUCUUCUCCACCAUGAUAAAAAUGGAUUUGGAGGGUCGUCGUCGGUCCAGGGGUAUGAGCACCCUGGAAAAGUGUCUGAUAUUUCUCUUUUUGGCCAUGACCGGCGCCUGCAUUGGCCUUGUGGUCGUCUACUUCACGGAGAAAGCUGAGUCUUCUGCUCACGAAGAAGGGCCGCACUCAGGUUGUGGUGGUCCUCAGGAGCUGUCAGAAGAGUCGGGCACCUUCACCAGCUGGAACUACCCCAACAGCUACGAUAAUGGCAAGAGCUGCACCUGGGACAUCACUGUGGACCCUGACAAGGUGAUCCAUCUGUGGUUUGAGGAGUUUGCUUUGGAGGACACCAUGCUCUGCACGGGAGACUUCAUCACACUACGAGACUCCCUGGGAGUUAUUGGUAAAUACUGUGGCUACACCAAACCACAGCCGGUGGUCUCACUGACAAAUCGCCUGACGGUCUUCUUUGACACAAACGACAGAAAAACAGACCAAGGAUUCAAGGCUCAUUACAAAGCUGUGGCUCCAGGGCUCACAUCCGAAAUAGCUGGAGCCGGUGGCUUUCUCCAAGGUGACAAGGGGGAUCUGAUGACCCCUGACUUCCCUGAGCAGAACUACCUGAAUGGAGCAUUAUACCAGUGGCGAAUCACAGUGCCUGAAGGCGAGAGGGUCCGACUGACAUUCACAUCCUUCGACCUGGUCCCUGAGGCCUGUGGAGACUUCGUCCAGAUCUAUGAUGGCCACGAGGCUGGCUCAUCUUCCACGGGCAAAUUAUGUGGAGGGAAUAUGCCAAAGCCAGUGGAGUCCAGUAGCAACACAAUGGUGGUCCGCUUCAAAACUGACAACAGUUUGACUUCAAAAGGAUUCAGAGCUACUUACACGAAGUCCAGCCUUCCACCUGUUGUUGUUCCUUCCACAACAAAACCCCCACCCACAGCCACACCCAGACCCACCUCACGAACCACUCCAUCUCCUACGUCUCCUGGAGGUGGUGGUCCAGUAAUCAUCCACGGACGCAAAGGAGUGAUCCAGUCGCUGGGUUUUCCGAAUCCAUAUCCGGCUCAUCAGAACAAUUCUUGGAAGAUUUCUGUGCCCAAAGGAUUCCUGGUCAAACUGCAGAUCACUGAACUGGCCAUCACAGGCGAGACUGGGCAAUGUAAAGAGGACAAAGUGAUCAUCUCAGAUGACUACAGCAUUCUAGGCACACACUGUGGCUACAUCCUCCCCCCAGUGGUGGUCAGCGCCAGUGAGAAACUAUCUGUCACCUUCCAAUCCGACAGUCGCCUCACAGACCGAGGAUUCUCUGCCAAGUGGGAGGCUGUGUAUCCUGAGGAUAUCGCAGAAAUCCAGGGCUGUGGCAUUUCUUCCAGAGAGGAAACUGGUGUUAUCAAGUCCCAGAACUGGCCCAUGAACUACAAGGCGAACGCUGAGUGCAUGUGGAACAUCGCUUUGCGUCUGGGGAAAAAAAUCACACUGACAUUCACCCACUUUGACCUGGAAGCCAAAGACAUCCUAACGUCCAAAUGCUUUGAUAAUGUGAAGGUGUAUGAAGUCAAUGGUUUGACCAAUGCGCUGAUUCAAGAGCACGGUCCUUUUUGCGGGAAUAAGCUGCCUGGCACCAUUCGGACAAGAGGCAACAGGCUGCUGGUGCGUUUCCAUUCAGACUUGAUGACUGAGGCCAAAGGCUUCAGGGCCUACUGGACCACAGACCCCAGUCUGCCUGCUCCCACUGAGCCGCCUGCUCCGCCCAACCCCUGGGACAACUUCACCAUAGACUGGCCCAGCGCAUGUGGCAAACCAGCCAUUCCUCCUGCUGUCACGUCACGCAUUGUGAACGGAGAGAGAGCCCGGCCUCACUCCUGGCCCUGGCAAGUGUCCAUGCAGGUGUGGCCUGCCAAUCGUCCAGAACCCAGCUUCUCCCACAUCUGCGGCGGAACACUUAUCCACAAGAACUGGGUGCUCACAGCAGCCCACUGCUUCAUAAACUACGCCGAUGAGCUGCAGCGUUGGCAGAUGUGCCUCGGCAAAAACAACCUGACCUACACGGAGCCGAGCGAGCGCUGCUUUAAUGUGUCUGGUAUCUACCGCCAUGAGGGCUUCAGGUAUCCCACGGUGCCCACAGUGGAGUUUGACAUUGCCCUGGUCAGGCUGGACUGGGACGUGGUGCCCAGCGAUCAGAUCGCUUACGCUUGCCUUCCCUCAGAGGAAGAGGUCUUGCCUAAAGACAAGAUGUGCUACGCCACCGGCUGGGGAGAUGAGACGGGUGAUUCACUCAAUGCUAAAGUUGCAGAGGUCCUUAACCAGGUCGCCUUACCUGUUGUGCCAUAUGACACAUGCAAGCGGAUGGACUACUGGUGGUUCCAGGUCAAGGACUCCAUGAUCUGCUGCGGUUAUACCCUGCCUGAUGAGCUCAAAUCUGUCUGUCAGGGAGAUUCAGGUGGUCCCCUGGUGUGCCAAGAUACCGCUGGCGGCCCUUGGGAAGUUCAUGGCAUAACCAGUUUUGGCCCCAUUGGAUGCAUUAUGAACAAGAAGCCAUCUGUGUUCACUCGCUCCUCUGCCUACCUCCCCUGGAUCAAAAAUGUCAUCCGCAGAGACAUCUAUGAUAAACACACAUCUGGCUGUGGAGGGGCAAAGGACUUGAAUGGGACAGGUGGCACCGUGUCCUCUAUGGGUUACCCUGGGAGCUACAGCAACAAAGCCCGUUGCCAGUGGAACAUCCGGGUGCCUGACGGCAAAGUGGUCCACCUCCAUUUCCACAACUUCUCCCUGGAGGAGAGUCAGAUGUGCAUGAAUGACAAAGUCAGCCUCACCGACAGAAUAGGACCUCUAGGCACAUUCUGCAGCCAUGUAACCCCAAAAGACCUGGUGAGCUAUGGCAACACACUUCGCAUCACCUUCUCCUCCAAUGACAAGGUGGUGGACACAGGCUUCGCUGCCACCUGGAGGGCAGUGGACCACACACAGGCUCCUUGUGGAGGAAGCUUCAGCAGUGCUCAGGGUGAAAUCACCUCUCCCAACUGGCCCAGUGACUACCAAGCACAGACCGUGUGCACAUGGCACAUCACCAUUCCUUCAGCAAAAAGUGUCCAUGUAGCUUUCACUCACUUUGAGUUGCAGGCUGUAAACACAUUUGGAAAAUGUGUGGACUAUGUGGAGAUCUUAAAUGGAGACAGCAUGGCAUCACUAGGAGAAUUCUGCGGCUUUGCCCCUCCGUCCAACAUCACCAUCCCGAGCAACGUGGUCGUCAUUCGGUUCCUCAGUAAUGGAGCAAAUCAACAGCAAGGUUUCCGUGGUUACUGGACCACUGAUGCGAAUGUUAUCCCCACUUUACCUCCACCAACUUCAAACCCAUGGGACAAUAUAACUAUCAGUUGGCCAGAAAAUUGUGGAAGCCCAGCCGUGAAACCCAAAACAGCGACCCAAAGGGUGGUUAAUGGGAAAGAAGCGACCCCCCACUCCUGGCCCUGGCAAGUCUCCAUGCAGGCUACGCCAAUAUCUCUUAUACCGUACAUGCACGGUUGUGGAGGCUCUCUGAUUCAUGAAGAGUGGAUCCUUACGGCUGCUCACUGUUUCAUGGUGCCACUGACUAAACCCUCCUUCUGGCGCAUGUGUCUCGGGAAGCACCACAUGAACUCCUCCAUGGAUGUCCCCUCAGCGGAGGAGUGCUACAAGGUGGAUAGUAUCAUCCGCCACAAGGGGUUUGUGUACGAGCAGGAUCGCACUGACAUCACCAAUGACAUCGCCCUGGUGCAUUUGGCUGAGCGUGUCAACAUGACGAAGGAGAUCAGCCCCAUCUGUCUGCCCAAACCUGGGGCUGUGAUGCCUGCUGGAACACCCUGCUUUGUCACAGGAUGGGGAGAUGAGAAAGGUAACGCGUGGCCCAAAGUGUCCGAGAAGCUUAAUCAAGCUGCCCUUCCUAUUGUUGACUUCCAAACCUGCAGUAAACCUGCUUACUGGUGGGACACCCUCAGGCCUUCCAUGAUCUGUGCUGGAUUCGAGUCCCCAGAUGAGCUCAAGUCAGCCUGCCAGGGUGACUCCGGGGGACCGUUCGCCUGCGCGGCCGCUGGAGCCAACACCACCUGGGAGGUUCACGGUAUCGUCAGCUUCGGACCUCAGGGCUGCAUCAGAGACAAGAAACCGUCUGUGUUCACCCGAGUCUCUGCCUUCAGCGACUGGAUCAACGACAACAUCAAGAAGUUUAUAUAUGAAAGUGGCAAAGCCUAAUACCUUGUAGUGCAGAUUUUGAAUUUGUUCCGCUCAUACAGACCAAGUCAGUCUACCUCUUUACUCAGGGUUUAAUCAGAUCAACUGUUGUUUAAUAUUGUAUUUCAUUUUUUCCAUAUUUUUUCCAGUAUACAAAUUAACGAAAGAGUGCACAAAACAUUUUAAGGCAAUAAACAAAAAUAGUCAAUAGCAAUUCUAUUUCUUCUCUUGAGUUAGAGAGAAGCAUUUGGCAAAUGGUGCAAUUGGUUUUGUGUAAAGCCACUUUCUUUUCUAUACACCUCUUUUACUGUUCUCAUAAUUCGUAAUCUUUAAAGGUCAAUUAUUAUGAUGGUUAUAUGACUCUUGAGGAACAUGUAUGUAUAAUUACAGUUAUAAAUUACAAACAAUAAAGUGAAAACUGGCUUAAAA